AAGUGUCAUUUUCAUUCAUUCAUUCAUCCAUUCUUUAAUUAGUCAAUACGGGCGAAAGCAAAGUGGCGUGUAUUUGUUGAGUUUUUAACUAUUUUUUGUAUGUUUGUUUAAUUUAAAUCCUUUUUACAUUAUUUGUGUUAUUUAUUAAUAAGAAUACAGAAAGUGCUCACCAUUGUUCGCUGUUCCAACAGUUGAACAAUGUUUUUACAAAGUGCUCUGGGCAAGAGCUUGUUGCUCUUCGUCUUGGUGUUGGCUGUAGGUGUGUUCGCCCAAUUCGAGUGGCAAGCUAGAGAUGCCUUUGAUGAAAUCAAAAUUAAAUAUGACAAAGUGAAUGGCGACAAUUGUCCUAUACAACAUGUUAGCGAUUUGUAUUUGCCAGAGGAUACGGUGUCCCAUAAACCAGAUAUUAAGGAGAUCAAUAUAAAUCCCAUAUUUCCAAAUCGUACCGCACUGCUGCAUUUACACAACAUGGCUUUGAGUCGAAGUUUCUUUUGGAGUUAUAUUUUACAAUCGAGAUUUAUCAGACCAGCCAUAAAUGAUACCUAUGAUCCUGGUAUGAUGUAUUAUUUCUUGUCAACGGUGGCAGAUGUUUCAGCAAAUCCCUACAUCAACGCUUCGGCCAUAUACUUUGCACCAAACAGUUCAUACACUUCCUCAUAUCGUGGCUUCUUCAACAAGACAUUCCCCAGGUUUGGCCCGCGUACCUUCCGCCUGGAUGAUUUCAAUGAUCCCAUACAUUUGCAAAAAAUUUCCACCUGGAAUACAUUUGAUGUACGGGAUUUGGGUGCCCAUCCACCAGAAUCGAAAUCGAAUGACUACUCCUCAGAUCUGUAUAAAAUAAAUGAGUGGUAUAGAAAAUGGUUACCCGACGAUGUGGAGGGACGACAUGACACCAAGACAACAUAUCAAGUGGAAAUUCGCUAUGCCAAUAAUACGAAUGAAACCUUUACAUUCCAUGGUCCACCCGGAGCUGAUGAAGAUCCUGGUCCAGUGAAAUGGACAAGACCGUAUUUCGAUUGUGGUCGCUCAAAUAAAUGGUUGGUUUCAGCUGUUGUGCCAAUUGCAGACAUCUAUCCUAGACACACACAAUUUAGACAUAUUGAAUAUCCAAAAUACACUGCCGUUGCUGUUCUUGAAAUGGACUUUGAAAGAUUAGAUAUAAAUCAAUGUCCCAAAGGCGAGGGUAAUAAAGGACCAAAUCAUUUUGCCGACACGGCUCGAUGUAAAAAAGAAACCACAGAAUGUGAACCAUUACAUGGCUGGGGUUUCAGGCGGGGUGGUUAUCAAUGUCGAUGUAAACCUGGCUAUCGAUUACCAAAUGUUGUGAGGCGACCGUACUUGGGCGAAAUAAUUGAAAGAGCUUCAGCUGAACAAUACUACAAUGAUUAUGAUUGUUUGAAAAUUGGAUGGGUGCAAAAAGUCCCCAUACAAUGGGAAAGGGCCCCAUACCAUAUACGUGAAAAGUACUUGGACAAACAUCCGGAAUAUCGUAACUAUACAACUGGUGCUGCUGCCCUACAUUCGGAAAAUUUAAAUAUUGAUCAGGCAUUGAAGUUUAUACAUGGCGUCAAUUACAAGACAUGCAAAAACUUCCAUCCACAGGACUUGAUUUUACGCGGAGAUGUUAGUUACGGUGCUAAGGAACAAUUCGAGAAUGAAGCUAAAAUGGCCGUGCGUUUGGCUAAUUUUAUUAGUGCUUUCCUACAGGUCUCCGAUCCCAAUGAAGUAUACACGGGCAAACGUGUGGCCGAUAAACCACUUACCGAAGAUCAAAUGAUCGGUGAAACAUUGGCCAUUGUUUUGGGUGACACAAAGGUUUGGUCGGCUGCCACACUUUGGGAACGUAAUAAAUUCACAAACCGUACCUACUUUGCACCCUAUGCCUAUAAGACUGAAUUAAAUACACGCAAAUUCAAACUAGAAGAUUUGGCACGUCUCAACAAAACCCAUGAACUCUAUACGGAAAAGAAGAAUUUCAAGUUCUUGAAACAGCGGUGGUCGACCAACUUUGAUGACCUAGAAACGUUCUAUAUAAAGAUGAAGAUACGCCAAAAUGAGACAGGUGAAUAUCUGCAAAAGUAUGAACACUACCCCACUUCAUAUCGAGCAGCUAGUUUGAAGCAUGGCUACUGGUCUCAACCGCAAUUCGAUUGUGAUGGUUAUGUCAAGAAAUGGCUUGUGACCUAUUCGGCACCCUUUUUCGGCUGGGAUAGCAUCAAAGUGAAACUGGAAUUCAAAGGUGUGGUGCAAGUUUCCAUGGAUAUGAUGCAAUUGGAUAUACAACAAUGUCCGGAUUGGUAUUAUGAACCAAAUGCUUUUAAAAAUACAGACAAAUGCGAUGAGCAAACUUCCUAUUGUGUACCGAUUAUGGGUCGGGGCUAUGAAACGGGUGGCUAUAAAUGUGAAUGCAAACAAGGCUAUGAAUAUCCAUUUGAAGAUUUAAUCACCUACUAUGAUGGCCAGUUGGUUGAGGCAGAGUUCCAAAACAUUGUCGUUGACAAAGAAUCCCGUUACGAUAUGUUUAAAUGUCGCUUAGCUGGUGCAUCAGCAAUACAAGCAGCCACCUCUUUAAUUGUGGCGCUACUUGGAUUUACUCUUAUUAUGCUGUACAAGUAUAGAUGAGUGACAAAGUGUGAACCACCAAAAAGAAGAGGUAAAACAAAAAGAGAAUGCAAAGAAAAUAUAUGUAGUUUUGUAGUAUUUUUUUUAAACAUUAGAAAAUAAGUGCGAAUAUACAAGAAAACGAAUCCGUCCAAAAAUCAUCUGUGCAUUUGUGCAAAAGAACAACUAUCUCAAAUAACAUUGGAGAAAAGCAAAAAAAGGUAAAUAAAAUACAAGAUCAGUUGGUUUGGCAAGUAAACGCAAAUAAAACUUGUCACUACUCUCACCAUAGCAGUAGACGGCGACUUCCUGCCUAACUCUUUAAAUACUUUAUAAAAACCGAAUGACCACAAGUAGAUCAAAUGAAUGUUGAGUCAAAGUUAUUCACGUAUUUGUUGUUGUUACUUUAUUCAAAAUCUCCUUUUCUUUAUACAUAGAGAAAACAUUGUCAUCAUUUAUCCAAAGCGAUUAAGUUGUAGACACAAUCUAUUACAAUGAAUCUCAUUAUUUGUCAUGGACUUAGGAUGUGUGUGUGUGUGUGUGUGUGCUCCCAAGAAGUGGUCUUCCAAGGCAUCAUAUAACUUUUGAUCAAAGUUAUACACACUCUAUUGCUGGCUGCUGCUACUGCUGCUGCUUGAUGAUGAUAAACUCUCAUGGCAGACAAUAAAGAAUGAGAAAAUACAACGCCUCUCUUUAUAGCUCAUAUUUCAGUUGUAUUCCUUUUUGCGCACAAAAAGGGCAACAAUAUUUUGAAAAAAGUACAAAACGGAAAUUCUUUCAUUGAGAGAGCUGGAGGUAAACACCCAACUCUCAGUAUAUUGGUGGUGCUCUGGCUGCUAACUGGCUUGGAUGAAGCUACAAAAUCUGUUUUUAAUAUCCAUGAAGUUUUGCUUUUGAAUGGACGAACGAACAGCUGUGUAGUUAGCUGCUCGUGAAACUACAACCACAAAAGGAGAAUGAAAAAUAGAAAACCUGUUAAAUCAAAUGUUCCAAAAAAAAAAGUAUUUGAGAUUGCCAGGCAGCAAGCAAUCUUACGCAGACACACAAGAUUUUAUUUGGAUAGAGCACCGCAGUGACAACCUUGAGUGAGAGCAGAGAGGGUUGAUUUGUUGGUACCUUCUUGGAUUUGCACCCUUUCCAUAAUGGUCACAUUUCUUUUAAUGAUCAGCAUCGUCGCCGGCACUACCACCCAUUUAGUUCAUCUUGACCAUUAAGAAAUUUCAUAUCAUUUUAUGCGUGUCUGUUUUGUUUUUGUGCAUUAAUUUCGAACUUCCUCGAUUAGAAUGAGGGAAACAGAUUGGAAUGGGGGUUUCUUUUUUUAUUAUGAACUGAGGUACACUUAUUUUUUUAGAUAGGCCUGUGUGUUUAUUGUUGUACCAUCAUUUGAUGAUGAUCAUCAUGAUUUUUUUCUGCUGCCUUAUCUUAGCCUGAGAACUUUUUUGCCUCUUGGAGAUUCUUUUGCAUAAAACCAGUUUACCACUUGGUCUUGGUCAUUUGCAAUGUUGGAAAAAAUGUCUCUACAGAAUUUUUUUCAUUCUGAAUCUUCCUUCCUCCAGCAAAAAAGGGUAUCAAAUAAAAAAAAUAUGUGGUACCAGUAAUAGUAGAGGAGUAUAUAAAAACGCCGACUGCCAACUGCUAUCUUCCUGGAUGUUUGUUUCAAAAUAUUUUCACACAUUUUUCAUCGUCAGUCUAAAAGACAAGACACUGUCAGACAGACAGCCUGCCGGCAAGCAUGAAUAUAAGCACCAAUAGAGCCAACCACUCUAUCAUCCAUAGAGUGACCAAUAUGUAAAAACAAUGAACCCUCUAUUGUUGGGCAGCCUUCGAAGACAAUAGAAAUCUUUAAGAUUUUUAAUAUGAAAAAAUUAAAGGAGGAACUCCUGCUGUUUCAUUUUUCUAUGUUUUUUCUUCUUCUCCAUUGUGCCGCUCUUCAAACGGUUUUUUCGGUUUAAAUUUAAAUUUUAUACUCGUCCCCUUGCCAAACUGUUGCUGAUCUUGUAAUGAAUUUUGUUUGUUUUUUUUUUUCUCCAAAUGUUAAUUAAAAUACCGUCCAUUUUUUGUGUUUAGAAAUUGUUUAUUUUAUUAUUAAAAAUAUUAUUGUAGCAAAGUUAUAUAACUCUUUAAA